CGGCUUGACUUGUUUUCCCAUCUAGUACGUACCUACUUGCUUAACAGGCCUGCCAUGCUUUUCUGCGUGUUAUUUAAUAUAGACAAGUGUAUCUCCAAACUUUCUUUACUCCUCUUUCUCUUUCCUAGAAAUCCUUUCCCCAGAUUAAUCUACUCUUGAUCAAUUCUCUACGAAGAAAUAAAUAUCAUCAAAAGGCUUCAAAUCGUUCCUCAAUUUCAAUCAAUCUCAUUCAUCGGCCCACUCCGGAUUAUCACUGCCCGACCCCAAGUGGAGAAACGAAAGUUAUAUAACUGGUCGAUCACUUGCCCUACGGUAUAUCAUACGAUACGAACCAAUUGUCUUUUUUCAUUCCAUAGAACUCGCCAUGUCAUCCAAAACUCAAUCACGAGGAUCAUCACCCAAAGUGUCUGCACGACCCAAACUUAUGAGAGCACAUGCCACAGCACCUUCAUUAGUCACGGGCAACGCAUCUCGCAAAGAUCUCGCCAAUCUUCAAUCCUCGUCGAAAGCAGCUUCGAUUCUCACUCGCGUGGCUAGCUACUCGGCCCAGCAAGAUCAUGGAAGUCCGAGAAGUACCAGCAGUGCGUACUCGACGCCCGGAAACCGAAGUCCGAGGAGUCCGGAGAGUGGGUUGGCGAGAAGCUGUAAGGAUGAGUUGAAAAAUAUGCAGCAGUAUCAGUGUUAGUAUCCCGUGUUCCAUUUCUAUCCUCUUGUGUUUGUCGGAAGACGUGAUGAGAGGCAGAGGCUGAUUACGUUGAUAGCAGCGGGGUACUUUAGUUUCCCAAGCUUUGAAGAUUUUCAAGGGUACCAAGAGCCGACUGAGAGGAUGGAACGAAAGAGUGUGUCGUGAGUGAAGAGAUGAGAUGUAAUUCGGGGACGAGAGAUGGAAAAAUUUAGUAUAUAAAGGGACGUGAUAUCAUAUCAUCGUUCAUCAUCAUAAGUAAUUGGGUUCUGGGCUGGUUCUUGGGACAGGGAUUUCACCAUUUGGAUAUAUUUCAUGAUACCUUAAAUAACAACGGAACGGGACGGAUGGACGGAUAAGUGUUCCAGGGUCCGGAGCACUGGCACUACUGGCACUGGUACCGACAACUGGCGGUAAUUCUAGAGGAUAAUGGAGGGUUCGGAGGGCCGAUCGAUGAUCUUUCUCAGUGGAUCUCGGACUGGUCUUUUUUUUUCCUGGACUUUCGGUCGCGUUGGGCGGCUUGCUUGCUUGCUUGCUGGAUACCGACUGAUUGAAUGAAUGAAUGGCAUGAAAUUUGGAAUUUGGAAUUUUCUAAUCGGGGCAUUGAUGGGUUAUUUAUCGCGGUUGUAUAUAGUAUAUAUGGGUUUCAUGUCUGGUGUACUUGGUUGGCUGUAUUUAUGGCUUUCCUUUAUUAUACCCCCUUCUACGUAGUUUUUAGGUAAUUAAUUAAAAAAGGCA